AUGCUCUGCCUGCUUCCACUCUCUUUCUUUGCCGUUUCGACGUCAGCCUACAUUUGGCCCAGCCCAUAUGACUUUCUGGAGGACGCAUAUACCGUCUCGGCGGGGUUUGGCGACGGCGGAAUUGUCGGAGGUGUCGAUCCGUGUUCCCUCAGCCCAAUUGGUGGCAGGAAGCCCGGAAGGGUGGCUGCGGCUGAAUGGGUUAGACUAGCAUUUCACGACGCGUCAACCUUCGAUAUUCACACAGGACUCGGGGGGGUGGAUGCGUCGAUUGGGUUUGAGACUAAUCGCGGGCAAAACAUAGGCGCAGGGAUGAACGAUAGCUUGGUGUUCUUUGGAGCAUUCCAAUCCAAGACUUCUUCUAUGGCCGACGUAAUUGCCUUGAGUGCUAUUCUCGCAGUAAAAAAUUGUGGUGGCCCGAGCAUCCCAUUUCGUGCUGGCCGCUUGGACGCAGAAGCUGCUGGUCCUGAGACGGUCCCGGAGCCUCAACAGGAUCUGGCUUCGCACAUCGCUUCAUUCCAGAAUCAAGGAUUCAAUGUCUCUGAGAUGAUAACUCUCGUUGCUUGUGGACACACUCUUGGCGGCGUUCAUGCUGUCGAUUUCCCGCUUACUAUACCGCCAUCCGCCAUUACUUCGAGCAACCCAGAUGGUGUUGUUCACUUUGACGACUCCGUCGAUUCCUUUGACAACCAUAUCGCUACUCAAUACGUCGCUGGAACGUCUACAAAUCCCCUCCUGGUUGGUGCUAAUACGACCACCAAUUCAGACGCCCGCAUCUUUGCAGCCGACGCAAACCAAACAAUGCAGGCUUUUGCUGCAGAUCCCAACUAUUUCAAGGCACAAUGUGGACUGUUGUUAGAGCGAAUGCUCAACACCGUUCCCAGUAGUGUUCAACUUUCCGAUUUCAUCGAGCCCUUGCCCAUCAAACCCUUUGAACUCACUCUCACUCUGGGAGGAGACUCGGAUGGGCGGCUUAGUAUGGGAGGAUACAUUCGUGUGUUCGGUACUUCAGAUGCAGCAAAGGUGGCGGUCCCUUCACAAAUGCCCAUCACACUGAGCUGGAAGGACAUGAAUGGAAACGCUAACACAACAUAUAUCACGAAUCUUGCGGCGGUGUCUCAAACUAGCUCUAGUCUCUGGGGCAGCGUCCAUUUCUUCGAAAUCAACGCGGCCAUUGAUAUCCGAUUCGGAAUCUCCUCGUUCGUCGUCGACUGGGCAUACGGCCAGGAUGCCAACCCGACCCACUCUGAUAAUGGCGGACAAGGCUUCCCGUUGCAAAGCGCCGUUUUAUUCCAACCUAAUGGGAGCUGCACAAAAACGAUAUUUGGCGAACCUGGCAACACUACUGCACUGGCGCUUAUCCGCACUGAUUUAGGCCCCGUUUCGACCGCCUAUGUUGACUACACGUACAACAUCAACCAAGUAGGCAGCAUCUCCGUCAAGCAGGUGACGACUCGGACAGAAAUGCGGCGUGUCGGCGGUUCCACCUCGCCUUGGUAUGACACGUAUAGCGCGACUUUCUACAAAGGACCGAUGACGGACGAGGGGCGAAUCACCUUCGAUAUUGUCGCUGUUGUGGGUGGCAAGACAUUCAGUGUUGCUAAUAACCCGGAGAUAUUUACACCGUGUCGGGGCACCUAG